AUGGGUUUUUUCAAGAGAACGGAGAAGGAGAAGGAGGAUGCCACCAUCAGCCCAGAGCUGCGAGCUGUCCUCCCGCAGCAUAGCGGUUCGUGGUGGACGGUGAGGCAUCUGCUCCUCCUCAACCUGAUGCUUCUCGUCCCCUCUCUUUCUUCCGCCACCAUUGGCUUCGACGGCGCUAUGAUGAACGGUCUGCAGACGGUUGAGCAAUGGCGCGGCUACUUCAACCACCCCAAGCCCUCCAUCCUCGGUGUCAUGAACGCCAUCUACCCCAUCGGCAAGAUUGUCGGCAUCUUCCCCGCCGCCUGGCUCUCCGACAAGUAUGGCCGCAAAUCUUCCAUGUGGAUCGGCUUCGUCCUUCUCGUCUUGGGAGCCGGCGUUCAGGGUGGCAGCAUCAACACCGCCAUGUUCAUCUGCUCGCGCUGCCUUCUCGGCGCCGCCACCGCCUUUAUCGCGCAGCCCGCGCCUAUCUUGGUCACUGAGUUGGCGUACCCCACGCACCGUGGCAAGAUCUCCGCUCUUUACCAGACCUUCUUUUACUUUGGUGCCAUCUUUGCCGCGUGGUCAACCUACGGAACCUUCCGUCUGCCCUCCACCUGGAGCUGGAGGAUCCCCUCCAUUCUCCAGGGCGCGAUCCCCUUCAUCCAGUUUGCUUUCUUCUGGCUCGUCCCCGAGUCUCCUAGGUGGCUCAUUGCCCACGGAAGGAACGCCGAGGCUCGUGCCAUCUUCGUCAAGUACCACGCCGGCGGCGACGAGAAUUCCGCCCUCGUCAACUACGAGAUGAAGCAGAUCGAGGAGAACCUCAAGGCCGAGUCCGAGGCCCUCUCCGAGACGUCCUACUUCGAUCUCGUCCGCACACCCGCCAACCGCAAGCGUACACUCAUCGCCGCCAUCGUCGGUUUCUUCGCCCAGUGGAACGGUGCCGGCGUCGUGUCGUACUACAUCACGCUCGUCCUCAACACUAUCGGCAUCACCAAGACCCGCGACCAGGCCUUGAUCAACGGUCUCCUCCAGGUCUUCAACUGGCUCGCCGCCGUCCUCGCCGGCGCCCUCAUGGUCGACCGCAUCGGCCGCCGCAAGCUCUUCCUCAUCUCCACCGCCGGCAUGUGCAUGGCCUACGUCAUUUGGACGGCCCUCACCAGCCACUUCACGCGCACCCUCGACCAGCACGCCGGCCACGCCGUUAUCUUCCAGUUCACCCUCCGCGCCCGUGGUGUUUCCGUCACCUACGGUACCACCUUUAUCGGUCUCAUCAUUGGCCAGUUCGUCAACCCCAUUGCCAUGUCCAAGCUUGGCUGGAAGUACUACAUCGUCUUCUGCUGUAUUCUCUUUGUCCUCUUCUUCGUCAUUUACUUCCUUUUCCCCGAGACCAAGGGCCGAACUUUGGAGGAGAUUGCCGAGAUCUUUGAGGGUCCUUCUGCUUCCCGACGUGUAGACGAGGAGAAGCUUGGGGAUGACAAUGUCGACGAUGAGAAGAGGGUUUCUCGAGACUCGUCCUCCCACGCCGAGGUCGCCGAGGUUGCCGAAGAGAAGAGGGCCUAA